GUGAAACGGACGGGGGUUGAGUCAGGUGACGUCAAAAAAAUUGCGGAAGUGAUUCAGUCACCUAACACACAAGCACACAGCACAAGAUAGAUUUCUGUCUAAAAGUGCAGUCGAGGCCUGAAACUGCGGCGGGUUUCUUGUUCAGAGGUGGUGGAUAUGAACAGGUGUAAUGGACGGAAACGAGUGUUUGGACGCCAAUCCUUUGGUCGCAGAUGAAGAGUCUCUUAUUGAAGGUGUGAGUGACGCCGUCCUGCUGGUUCUGGUGUUGAGCGUCACGUUUCUCGCCGGUCUGGUGACUUUGCUGUGCAGGAAUGAGCAGCAGAGGAUUCAUCCGGAGAAUCAAGAGCAUGUGCGUGUGGUGAGAGAGCAGCUUCAAACAGAACAGGUCUCUGAUUCAGAGUCCAGACAUCAGUACUACUCAGACAUGUCGUGUCCCGUGUGUCUGCAGCAGGCGGUUCUGCCCGUGGAGACUAACUGUGGUCAUCUGUUCUGUGGUCCGUGCAUCGUGGCGUACUGGCGUUAUGGAACCUGGCUGGGUGCCAUCAACUGCCCCAUUUGCAGGCAAAUGGUGACCCUGCUCUUCCCGCUUUUCCAUGACACCAGCGGCAGUGCUCGGACACAAGACGGGCAGGUGGAAGCAGCUCAGAUUGUCAAUGACAUCAAUGAUUACAACCGCAGGUUCUCUGGACAACCCCGCUCGCUUGUGGACCGCCUGCGAGACGUGCCCACGCUGCUCCGGCACGCUUUCAGAGAGAUGUUCUCCGUGGGCGGCCUCUUCUGGAUGUUUCGCAUCAGGAUUCUGCUGUGUCUGGUGGGAGCGCUGACUUACCUAGUGUCCCCGCUGGACUUCAUCCCUGAAGGUGUGGUCGGCCUUCUGGGCUUCAUGGACGAUUUCUUUGUCAUUCUGCUCCUCUUUAUUUACAUCUCCAUCAUGUAUCGUGAGGUGGUGACCCAGAGACUGGUCGGUUGAGCUUCUUUCAGCUUCAAGUCUUGUGCUUCUGUUCUUCACCUGUGUUCGGUCAAAGCUGCCCUUUCUCUUGUUUUUCUCUAACCUUAAGAGCGAAAUAAGACAAUAAAAGUGGUUUUGUUUAAACAUG